AUGAACGUCACCGCUAAAGACUACAAGCCGUACUGGUUCGAGCUCAAGGAGGAGGAGGCUGACGGUUCCAAGAAACUCACCGGGAUGGAUUACUUGCUCCUCGAGACGGUCGCCGAUGCGCUGAACUUUUCCAUUAAAGUUCUGCCUAUCGCUAACUGGGCUGAGGCACUGGAUCGGGUGGUGUCCAAGGAAUCAUUUAUAACACCGGUGAUCCACGCAGUCCUACGGCAGAGGCUUAAGCGCUUCGAGUAUACUAUUCCCUACACUUACGCCUCGUACUCUCUCAGCAUGAAAAUGCCGGGACUCACUCCUCAGUGGCAGAGUCUGUACUACCCUCUAGCGGGCACUGUGUGGAUGUCCGUUGUCUUGGUUACGGGCCUGAUGAUUGUGGUCAUGUAUGUGAUGAACAGGGCGGGCGACUUCAGCAGCCCCCCGCGGCGGCUCGAGCCAGGGACCGUGGCGCUGGAGGUGGUCGGGACGCUCUUCUCCCAGAACCUCUUCAAGACGCUCCCCACCACCGACCCCAGCCGCGUCCUGGUCGUCUUCUGGCUCAUCUUCGCUUUCGUCGUCGGAACGGCUUAUCGCGGAAACCUCACCGCCGCCCUCACGCUGCCCAAGUACCCGUCGAAGCCAGAGACGCUGAAGGAGGUCGUGGAGGUCGUGCACAAAGUCACAAUCGAACCGUGGGGGGAGGAUUACAAGACAUAUUUCAAGGAGUCGGACACUGAAGUCUUCAUGAAACUCGCUGACAUGAUGGAACUUGGACCUGCUCUUCUUGACGGUCUCCAGGAAGCCACAGAAGAUAGUACAGCGCACAUGGACUCGCGCGCUGUGCUAGAGCUGAACAUCGCCGAGAGCUUCACCCGCCGCGAUGGGACGUCCGAGCUCUACGUGGUGCGGGAGAGCGCCAUCCCCGGCAUGGCAGCGUGGCCCAUCCCUCACGACUCGCCCUUCAAGAAAAACCUCGACUUCUGCAUAAGAGCUUCCCUCGAGGCCGGCCUGUACGAGAAGUGGGAGAGCGACAUGCUGGAGAUGGCGCGGCGCGAGAGUCGCGAGCGGCAGCGCAGGCAGCAGAGGGAGCGGCCGCAGGACGAGGAGGAGGAGGCCGAGGGAUCCGAGGGCGGCAUCCAGGCGCUCACCCUCGUGCACAUGCAAGGGCCGCUCAUGCUCCUGCUCCUGGGGCUGCUGCUCGGGGCGCUCGCCUUCCUGCUGGAGAUGCUGACGUCUUCAGAGGGGCGUGAGAGGAAUAACGCAGACUUGUGA